AUGGACCCGAGCGAGCUGACUGAGCGACUUCCGCUGACCGCUGCUGCUCGCCAACGCAAAAUGCAAAACGCAAUCACCGCCAGUAGCACCAACGCUCCACAGCGGCGCUACAGUGCGGUGGCAGUGGUGCAAAACGCGACCAGCGAGCUCAGUUUUGGCGCCAAUUUGGUGCCCGAUGCUGUUGUUGUUCCGCUGGUCAAGCCCCGUGCGAGCCGCAUCACCAAGAUCGAGAUCACCCUGAACGCGUCAUGCGCAGCACUCGCGCAAGCCAUCGGAGACGCGUCUUCCUCGCGGGUUUCCUUGUCGACCCAGCCUCUUCGGGGUUGUCAGUCUCGGUCUGCGUUUACAGCUGUUCAUCGCAGCUCCCAGCAGCACCAUGCAAGUGCAAUCGCAAACGCAGGCCUGCUAAAGCGAACUGACAGCAGCAACAGCAGCAUGCUCGAUGCGAGACGUGGCGUGGACGAGAAUGGCGCUGGUCUUCCGGCUGGGCCUUCGUCAGAACCAAAGCAACCGCAGGCUGAAAGCGCUCUUGCACUGUCAAGCGCCUGCAUCGGGCCUCGCCCUCCAUUUGAGGUGCUCGACAAGCAGUAUUCCACAGGGCAGCUCAAGAACAGUGAUGCACACCUUCGUUCCGCAAAAUGCGACUUUCCGGACGAAUUGGAUUCGUUGCUGAUGGAUGAAGACCACCCUCGCCUGAUAGUGCGAAACACUGUUGCCCUUGUGCCAUCGUGCGUCUUGCCGCGUGUUUCUCCCACGCGCUGGAGCCAGUCACUGAACGCGCUUGACGGUCGACUGCCGGACAGCUUUGACAAGCCCGUUCAUACCUUCAGCGGAGGAAACUUGCGCUCUACAACUGUGUCGAGUCUCGUUCACGAGAGCACCGUCCCGGAUGCUGACACUGAAAUGUAG